CUAUAGCAUCAAACACAACAACAGCUUCAUCUUCUCUCUUUAAACCUACAACUUCUCUCAACAUUAUGUCUUCCUUUAAGGUCUCAGGGAUGCUUUGCCUCUCUGCUGUUUUGUUAAGUUCUUUCAUGGCCAUGGCUGCAGCCGGUAAUUUCUAUCAAGACUUUGACAUCACAUUCGGCGAACAACGUGCUAAGAUAUUCAACGGAGGACAACAUCUCACACUCGACCAGUACUCCGGCUCUGGUUUCAAGUCCAAGAAGGAGUACUUGUUUGGAAGGAUCGACAUGCAAAUCAAACUUGUCGCUGGCAACUCAGCUGGCACUGUCACUGCAUAUUAUUUGUCUUCUCAAGGUCCAACUCAUGAUGAAAUCGAUUUUGAGUUUUUGGGAAACUCUUCUGGUGAACCCUACACUCUCCACACCAAUGUGUUCAGCCAGGGGAAAGGGAACAGAGAACAACAAUUCCAUCUUUGGUUUGAUCCUACAAACGCCUUCCAUACCUACUCGCUUGUCUGGAACAGCCAACGCAUUAUAUUCUUGGUGGAUGAUAUUCCAAUUAGAGUGUUCAACAACUUGGAGUCAGUUGGUGUUCCAUUCCCCAAAAACCAACCGAUGAGGAUUUACUCGAGCCUGUGGAAUGCUGAUGACUGGGCUACACAAGGUGGGCGUGUGAAGACUGACUGGACUCAUGCUCCUUUCACUGCCUCUUACAGAAACUUCAAGGCCAAUGCCUGCGUCGCUGGCUCAUCGUCAUCAUCAUGCGGUGUCUCCACUUCUGCUUCAACUAAUUCCUUAACUGAUCAACAGGGUACAUGGCACAAUCAAGGUCUAGAUGCCGCAGGCCGAAACAGGAUA